CACCGGAAUCAUCCUUGGUUGAAUCUGGCCAUCAAAGAGCAAUCAGCGGUGCAAAAAAAGAAAAGAAAAUGCUUAUGAUGCCACGCGCAGAACACGCGUCGUUUGAAUGAAGUCUCGCAGGGAGAUAUCGUCGCCAUAGCCCGCGGGGGUAACAGAGCUUCGGCAUGGGGCGCAGGACACCCGCCUACGGGCCUAUGGAAGCUGUGGAUGUUUACCGCACGGACCCUCGCUGCUGCUGCUGCUAAACACCCCUGCACUCGGAUCGCAUCUUCUGGAGGGGGGCGGGAGGGAGGUGUUCGGUAGUGAUGGGUGUGCUGGUGGUCAUUCACUCGGCGCAGGAACACGGACUUUAAGCGGACGGUGCAAUAACACGUGGUGCGAGAGAAAGUGGUGUUUUUGUUGGACCGUGGUAGGCGACACACACGCCGGACGCGGACCGCCUCUGAUGAGGACGAGCCCCGGUGUAGGAGGUUCGUCCCCGUGAUGAAGAUGUAAGCACUGAUCACAGACUUGGAGGGGGGUCUGUCGCCACACACCGGUGCAUGACUUGGAAAGGAAAGCUGCGUUGGCACCAAAACACAAAAAAACCCGCACCUCCAGCAGCAACAACACCACCACGAUGGGCUUGCUCGUCGGGUCCGACCUUUUCCUCGGCGAUCGCUCGUUAAAACCAAUGUUUCCUCCAGGCACGACGAGUGAGAAACAUGUUGGCAGACACUACGACGAGUCUGCCACGUAAGGGACGGUAAUGCGCCACGGUGGUGACUGAUUGGUUGCGUAAUGGUUUAUUUUGUGUUGGUUUAUUUUCUGUUCUCCGGUUGGAUUCUAAUGAGGCUCGGCGGUGUGGUGGCGAGGCCACACGGAUCUGAUGGGUCUGACGCUUCGUCUCCCCUGACACCACCGCACGGAUACCCCCGGGACCACCUGCGCAUGUUCCAAGUGUUUUCUUUAUUCCCACGACGUGGUUGCCACUCACGGGUACAGAGUUCUGCGUCCUUAAGGACAUUUUUAAUUGAAUUAACUGCUGUUAUGUGGGAGAUCUAAGUUUUGGUUUUUGUAAAAUGACCACCUAAUUUCACUUAAUAGAGGGCACAUCACCUCCAUCUCCUAAAUCCUUAAUUUUCGCAAAAAUGUAAAUUGAACUUGGAGAAACCCAUCCAUCCAUUAGAGUAUCUUCAAAACCCGACAGGGCCAGCUCAGUGGGAAAAGAACACACAAUCAGGGUUGCUUUAAGUAAACUCGUUCAAAGUUAUAGAUAUAUUUUAAACUCCUAUCAGACUCCCCCCCCCCCCCCCGGUUUUUUUUGGGGGGUUUGUUGUUGUCGCGGGACCCUUCCAUCAUGUCCAGAUCCAAUAGUGUCAGCCCACCCGCGGUCGCCGCGCCAGGGAUGAGGGGAGGGACCGAACACAGAUCAGCUUGGGGCGAAUCGGAGGCUGUUGCCAACGGAUGCCCAUACUCGGCCAGAUCUCCGCGCAAAAAGCUCUCCCGGUCGAACAGCCGAUGGAGGGAAGAGGAUGAUGCGCAGCGACAGCCCGGGCGAGCCUCGACCACAGUCAGCCGGGUCAGCUUCAGGUCCAGGGCAGCCUGGCAGGAACAUGGGGAGGAGAGUAGUCGAAACAACAACCACCGCUCGUCCCAGAAGCGCGCGGAUGGGGAGUUGAGAAGUGCCAAGUCGGUGGAAGUGGGUUUGGAGAACCGACGGCCGAGGCUGAAGACCACGGAGGAGGAGGCGGAGGAGGAGGAGGCGGUCAUGCCUGAAGUUCACUUCUCCUUGGUGGCGUGCUGUAGCGGCAUGAUGCAGAUUUUCAAAUCCAAGAAGUUCCAUUCGGAGAAGUUGGAGAGGCUCUACCAGCGCUACUUCUUCCGACUCAACCAGAGCAGCCUGACCAUGCUCAUGGCCGUACUUGCGCUGGUGUUCGCCGUCAUGCUAGGCUUCCACUGCGCCGCGGCCGGCGGCACGAACCCCACGUACGCAGCAGUGUUCUCCGUGGCCAUCGUGCUCAUCUUGGUGCUGGUGGUGGUUUGCAACCGGAACGGCUUCCAUCAGGACCACAUGUGGUUGGUGUGCUACGGGGUGAUCGCGCUGGUGCUGGUGGUGCAGGUGAUGGGGGUGCUGCUGAUGCAGCCCCGCAGUGUCUCGGAGGGCGUGUGGUGGACGGUGUUCUUCAUCCACAUCAUCUACACGCUGCUGCCCGUGCGGAUGCGCGCGGCCGUCAUCACCGGAGUCCUGCUGUCCGCCGUCCACGUGGCUGCUUCGUGGGCGCUGAGCGGCGUGGACAGCCUUCUUUGGAGACAGCUGGUGUCCAACGUGCUGAUCUUCUCCUGCACCAACAUCGUGGGCGUGUGCACACACUACCCGGCGGAGGGCUCCCAGAGGCAGGCCUUCCAGGAGACCCGCGAGUGCAUCCAGGCCCGCCUCCACUCCCAGAGGGAGAACCAGCAGCAGGAGCGUCUCCUGCUCUCCGUGCUUCCCCGCCACGUUGCCAUGGAGAUGAAGGCUGACAUCAACGCCAAGCAGGAGGACAUGAUGUUUCACAAGAUCUACAUCCAGAAGCACGACAACGUCAGCAUCCUGUUUGCCGACAUCGAGGGCUUCACCAGCCUGGCGUCCCAGUGCACGGCGCAGGAGCUGGUCAUGACCCUGAACGAACUCUUCGCCCGCUUCGACAAACUGGCGGCGGAGAACCACUGUUUGCGCAUCAAGAUCCUGGGAGACUGCUACUACUGCGUGUCUGGUCUGCCGGAGGCCCGCGCUGACCACGCCCACUGCUGCGUGGAGAUGGGAGUGGACAUGAUCGAGGCCAUCUCGCUGGUGCGGGAGGUGACGGGGGUGAACGUCAACAUGCGGGUGGGGAUCCACAGCGGCAGGGUGCACUGCGGGGUGCUGGGGCUCAGGAAGUGGCAGUUCGACGUGUGGUCCAACGACGUGACGCUGGCCAAUCACAUGGAGGCUGGCGGGCAGGCUGGGCGUAUCCACAUCACCAAGGCCACCCUGAACUACCUGAACGGAGACUACGACGUGGAGGCCGGCACGGGGGGGGAUCGCAACCCCUACCUGAAGAAGAACAACAUAGAGACCUACCUCAUCGUGGGCUGCAGCCAGAAACGGAAAGAGGAGAAGGCCAUGAUCGCCAAAAUGAACCGGCAGCGUACCAACUCGGUGACCCACAACACGGGCCACUGGACGGACCGGCCCUUCUACAACCACCUGGGGGGAAACCAGAUCUCCAAGGAGAUGAAGAGGAUGGGCUUUGAAGACCCCAAGGACAAACAUUUCAAUUUCAGGAACACGCAGGAGAACCUGAACCCGGAGGACGAGGUGGACGAGUUCCUGGGCCGCGCCAUCGACGCCCGCAGCAUCGACCGCCUGCGCUCGGAGCACGUCAAGAAGUUCCUGCUCACCUUCCGCGAGCCCGACCUGGAGAAGAAGUACUCUAAGCAGGUGGACUCCAGGUUCGGUGCCUACGUUGCCUGUGCCUCCCUCGUCUUCCUCUUCAUCUGCCUCAUCCAGAUCGUCAUCGUACCGCACUCCAGUGUGAUGCUGGGUUUCUUCAUCACCUGUCUGAUAAUCCUGAUGGGUGUCAUGUUCGUGUCAGCUGUCUACUCCUGCUUCGGGAUGUUCCCAGGGGCUCUGCAGAACCUGUCUAAGAGGAUCGUCCAGUCCCGGCUCAACAGCACGCUGGUGGGCGUCUUUACCAUCGUCAUCGUCUUUCUGUCCGCCUUCGUCAACAUCUUCACUUGCAGCAGCCGGGACCUGCGGGCCUGCAUCAGCUCGGAGCUCAACAUGAGCCUGUCCAGCGUCAACGCCUGCCACGCCCUCAUCCUCAACGUCACCUUCGACUCCCACCCCGACCUCUGCCAGGACCUCUCGCCCAUCUGCAGCUUCCCAGAGUACUUCUCGUCCUGCGUGCUGCUGAGUCUGCUGGCGUGCUCAGUAUUCCUGCAGGUGAGCAGCAUUGGCAAGCUCUUCCUCAUGCUCUUCAUCGAGCUCCUCUACCUCCUGGUCAUGGAGAUCCCCGAGGCCAGCCUCUUCGACAACCAGGACCUCCUCGUCAUGGCCAGCGGCAUUAAGAUCAUCAACGGAACAAGCUGUAGAGUGGACACCAAGGUUCCCCUGAAGAUCAUGACCCCGGUGGUCAUCACGGUCUUCGUCCUGGCGCUCUACCUCCACGCCCAGCAGGUCGAGUCCACAGCCAGGCUGGACUUCCUCUGGAAGCUACAGGCGACGGAGGAGAAGGAGGAGAUGGAGGAGCUGCAGGCGUACAACCGCCGGCUGCUGCACAACAUCCUGCCCAAGGACGUGGCGGCCCACUUCCUGCAGCGGGAGCGGCGCAACGACGAGCUCUACUACCAGUCGUGCGAGUGCGUGGCCGUCAUGUUCGCCUCCAUCAGCAACUUCUCCGAGUUCUACGUGGAGCUGGAGGCCAACAACGAGGGCGUGGAGUGCCUCCGGCUGCUCAACGAGAUCAUCGCCGACUUUGACGAGAUCAUCAGCGAGGACCAGUUCCGCCAGCUGGAGAAGAUCAAGACCAUCGGCUCCACCUACAUGGCGGCCUCGGGCCUCAACGACUCCACCUACGACAAGGUGGGGCGCACGCACAUCCGCGCUCUGGCGGACUACGCCAUGCGCAUGAUGGACCAGAUGAAGUACAUCAACGAGCACUCCUUCAACAACUUCAAGAUGAAGAUCGGGCUCAACAUCGGGCCGGUGGUGGCGGGCGUGAUCGGUGCCCGGAAGCCCCAGUACGACAUCUGGGGGAACACGGUGAACGUGGCCAGUCGCAUGGACAGCACCGGCGUGCCUGAGAGGAUCCAGGUGACAACCGACCUCUACCAGGUCCUGAGCUCCUACAACUACACGCUGGAGUACCGGGGCGUGGUGACAGUCAAGGGGAAAGGGGAGAUGAUGACCUACUUUCUAACCGCCGGACCCCCAAGCAGUUAACACCCACUCACCCAGGGGACCCCCAUGAACACUGGGUGGGGCCCGAGGGGGGAGGUGAGGCGGACUUCUGGGUCCGAACGCCGGAGCGUUUUUUCACAAACGUGGAGAUCGGGACGAGCCUCGGGCCUCUGUGGACUCCUGGUGGACUCUCUUGGUUUUCCCGUUCUGAGAUUCAUGGCGUUGAACGCUCGUGAGGCUCUUGGCGCCUGCUGAGAAGGAGCAAGGAGUCCGCCCCAGGACGGAUCCAAAGCAAGGACCCAAAGACGCAGGGCCAGACUCGAGGAGACUGGAGGGUACUUGAUGGACGUGGGGGAGGGGGGGGGGGGUCCGCCGUGGUGCUUGGGGCGUGGUCUUCGGCGCGCUCCGCCACACCGUACCUCAUUCUGCGGUCACGCGCUGGGAUCUGAAUUCGGCUCCCAAUCCACCAGGUCUUUCUUUGGACACUUUGCCAAAGGAUUAACUGAAGUGUUUAAAAGCAAAAACAAACAAAGCAAGUCUAUUCUCUAUUUUUAUUCUCUCUCGCUUGCGCUGUCUCUCUCACUCUCUCUGUAUUUCUCUCUCCCCUGUGCCCUGAAAUAUAUUUACGUGUGCAACGCACUGUUUUAUGGGUGUAUACAGAGAAAGUACAAUCAAUGUGAAGACCAACAUCGUUUGUUGUCAUACAUAUACCGGUUUCAGGGGUUGGUGGUUUUGGUCAGGACAGGAGGAGGGCACUCACCAGCACUAAGAAAGCCUUUUACUGGAUAUGACAAUGAACGGAAGUGACAAUGAAAGAUGUAGUUUGACGUCGACAGGUUGUUGAGACACUGGGCAAGGUGGGUGUGUGGAGAAAUUGGUUCCUCAAUGAAGAGAAGGGAAGGAGGGAGGUUGUCACGUUUUACAGAGCGCAUAUGGUCAGACAGGUAUACAAAUACAGACAAACACUGGUCAGACACAAUCACGCACACACACACACACACACACAAGCCACACGCUUUAACUGAAGACCACUUUUCAAAUAAGGAUGUCAACAAAAAGCUUUUGUAAAACCGAUCUUUGAAGAAAAAAAAACAUCAUACACUACAGGAAAUUACAGAUUCUAUAUUUUGUAAAUUAAUAUAUGAGAGAGCAAUCUAUGAACACCAACGUGUAUUUGGAUGUACAUAACAGUUACCCACACUGCACACCACUAGCGAUGGACAUGGGCCGUCACCGUGUUGACUUUAUAUUGCCAUAUUUCAUUGCCUUUUUUAAUUUGAUUUCAUUCCAUCUGCCUUUUUUUUGUAUGUUUAUUAUGUUCACAUCGGGGGAGUUGCAUAAGUUCACAGUUCAUGGCUUUGGCAGAGGGGCAAACACACACACUACUCUUCUCAUCACUGUGGGGGGGAAAAACUGUUUCCCUGGAAGAGGGCGUUUCCCGGGGUUCUUUCAUGUGGUUAUGUCCCCCUCCCCGUCUAUUAAUAUUUGAUCCCUGAUGAGAAUGCGUCCGGUACGACGAGAACUCGCCUAAACUGUCUAGAGCGCUCACAGUGCUGCUCAACAACCUUCAGCUCCCCCCCCCCCCCCC